AUGGGCUCAACUUUUUUAAAGAGACACAAAUCAGAGCUUUCGCAUAGGUUCUGCAGCAAUAUUAAACGUGUCCGAGCUGCAGUAAAUGAAGAAGCUAUCAAGAACUAUUUCAAUCAUUUGAAAAUGGAAAUUGAGAAUAUCCCGCCUCACUUGAUUUAUAAUUACGAUGAGACUAAUUUAGUUGAUGACCCAGGAAAGAAAAAAGUUCUAACGAAACGUGGCACAAAAUAUCCAGAGGCUAUUAAAAACUCAACGAAAGCCGCCUUUAGUCUGAUGAUGUGUGGAAAUGCCGCAGGUCAACUGUUACCGCCAUAUGUUAAUUACAAAGCUGAACAUUUGUGGGACACUUGGACCGAAGGAGGACCUUCCAAUACUCGAUACAAUCGAUCUAAAUCGGGUUGGUUUGACGCUAAUAGUUUUGAAGAUUGGUUUUUCACCACAGUGAUACCGGCACUGAGAAGAGAAGAAGGAAAGAAAGUAAUAAUUGGAGACAAUUUAAGCUCACAUCUCAGCUACAAGGUAGUCAAAGCAUGCGAAGACCACAACAUAGCGUUCGUCGCAUUGCCGCCUAACAGUACACACCUUACACAACCGCUGGACGUGGCAUACUUCCGACCUCUCAAAGUCCAUUGGCGGAAAAUACUGGAUGAAUGGAAAUCUACGCGAGAAGGUCAAGUUUUGCCUACCAUUCCAAAACAGACAUUCCCUUCACUGCUUAAUCAGUUAUGGGAAAAAAUUGCACCAAAAACUGAAGACAACCUAAAAGCUGGCUUUUUAAAAACAGGGAUUUUCCCAACUAAUGAACAGCCAGUGCUUGAGAGACUUCCUACGUUCAAACACCCUGAGCCAACCUUAGAUCCAGAGGCCGUCGGAGAGUCAUUCAUCCAAUUUCUUGAAAAUAAGCGGCAAGCUGUAGUGUGUCAAGGAAAAGGAGGUCGCAAGAGAAAAUUGAAUGUAGAUCCCGGAAAAAGCGUAUCUUCUGAAGAACUCAAAAGAGUCCUGUCCGAACCUUCAACCUCCACAAGAAACAAAAAUGGAAGAAAGAAAAAAAACAGAAGAAGAAAACAGAUUCGGAAACUGAAACAGAUUCAGAAGAAGACCAGGCAGCGGAAACUAUUGACGAUUCAGAUUCCGAUGGCCCGCUAA